AUGUCUGAUUUAUGUCCUGUUUACGCUCCUUUCUUUGGAUCCAUGGGUUGUGCUGCAGCCAUUGUGUUCACCUGUUUUGGUGCCUCUUACGGUACUGCUAAGUCAGGAGUUGGUAUUUGUGCCACCUGUGUGUUGAGACCAGAUUUAUUGGUUAAAAACAUUGUUCCAGUUAUUAUGGCGGGUAUUAUUGCCAUUUAUGGGUUGGUUGUGUCAGUGUUAGUUACCGACUCAUUGAAGCAAAAACAAGCCUUAUACACCGGUUUCAUUCAAUUAGGAGCUGGUUUGUCAGUCGGAUUAUCUGGAUUGGCAGCUGGUUUCGCCAUUGGAAUUGUUGGUGAUGCCGGUGUCAGAGGUACUGCGCAACAACCAAGAUUAUUCGUUGGUAUGAUUUUAAUUUUGAUUUUCGCCGAAGUCUUAGGUUUAUACGGUUUGAUUGUCGCUUUAUUGUUGAACUCUAGAGCUACUCAAGAUGUCACUUGUUAA